AUGUUUCGCCAAACGAUUGCGCUGUCACUUUUCCUUGUAGUCCAGGUUUCGGCACAAACCUGUCCCAAGUAUUGGCAUUAUGCUGAAGGAUACUGCUAUCGUUAUUACAGUGCAACCAGGGAAUGGUUACAAGCAAACGAUUUAUGCCAAAGCAGCGGGGCUAACUUAGUAUCAAUUCACAGCGACGCAGAAAAUGACUUUGUGUACAACUUGCAAGGGGCAACUGAAACUUGUGGUAAUAAUAACAUCUGGAUUGGUCUAACCGACAGAGAACAAAUUGGCGGUGGAACGAUGAGCAGAAUCAUGUUACGAUUAUGUACUUUUCUUGUUGUUGUUGGUCUGGCGAUGGUGCAUGGUCAGGAUUGUCCCCGGUACUGGUACAGAUUUGAAACGGACCCAUACUGCUACCGUUUCUUCAGUGCUCUCCAAACUUGGAAAGAUGCCCAGGACAUUUGCAUGACAUACGGUGCUGAUCUUGCCAGUGUUCAUAGCGGUGAAGAAAACAACUUUAUCUCUAAGUUACAAGGAACGCCAUGCGAAAACCGGAUGUGGAUUGGAUUGACUGAUGCUACUUUUGAAGGCACUUUCAGUUGGAUAGACGGCACUAGUGUGGUGUAUACUAACUGGGGGGAUGGUGAGCCAAAUGACAGUGGAGAUGAGGAUUGUGUUGAAAUGGAUGGAAUGACAUUUGAAUGGAAUGAUGCUCACUGUGAUAAUACAAAUCCAUUCAUCUGCAAAUGGUACUUUCCAUAA